UAUAUUGAAAUAAAAUAGUACUUAAGCUAUGAAAAUGAAAUGUUUUAAAGAUAUUGUAUGAAGUUAUAAUACACCUCACAUCUGAGAUCGUAACGUGUGAUUUACCCUAAUUAAACGGUCCAAAGCACCACCCUUAUCCCUCAAAACCAAAUCAAAAGCGUUGCGUUUCUUGCCCUAAUUCAAGUUCCCUCGCCGAUACCCGAACAGAAGAAGAGUGAGUGCUUUGGAGAUUGUGGUGUUGAUACUUUUUUUGGAACUUCUGGCAGUUGGCAUUUGUGGAGUAGGCAAUUGCUUGUAUUCGGAUUUGAACAUUGUGAAUUAGAACAUGUCGAGUAAGAAAGAAGAGAAAGCUCAAGCUGCAGCGGAGAGGAUCAAGGCUGCAGCCUUGAGUGCUGCAAAAGGUCUUAGUCGAGCUCAGGCUGAAAGGGCGGCUGCUGCAGCUGCUCGGAAUGUUAAUGCUUAUGGGCAGAAGGAAGAAGGACCCAGCAGAUGGCAGGAGAAAAGGGAAGCCAAGAGACAGAUGUAUUUGAUGAGUACUGAAAAGGCUGUGAGAUUGGGUGAACGGAAAGACCUCAAGUCAAAUGUAUCUACUGUUGGUGGUGCAGCUUCACAAUGCCAGAAGUGUUACCAACCCGGGCAUUGGACAUAUGAAUGCAAGAAUGAACGUGUUUACAUCUCACGACCGUCUAGGACCCAGCAACUCAAAAAUCCUAAACUGAAUAUGAAGGUUGAAAUAUGGAAUGAUUUGGACGGUCCAGAAAUCAAGGAAGAGAAGAGUGAAAAGCAGUCAAAGAUAAGCAAGAGGAAGCAUCGGUCAGCUUCUGAUUCUGGCAGCGAUAGCGAGGCUUCAGUUUUCGAGACUGAUAGUGGGGCAUCAUCAGUUACUGGAUCUGACUCUUCUUCAGAGGAGAGUAGUUCAGAUUACAGUUCAUCUUCUGACUCAGAGGAGGACAGGAGGCACCAAAGGAAGAAGAAGAAGCAAAAGAUGGCAAGGCGUAGAAGAAGGUACAGCUCAUCAUCUGAAUCUUCUGAUUCUGAGUCAGUUUCCGAAUCUGAUUCUGAUGAUAGGAGGAGCCGGAAGAAGAGCAAGAGGCACAGCAGAAAGCACUAAAUGAGGUGAUCGAGCAGCAUAGUGAAGAGCAGUUGUGUAUUUGGUUCAACAUGUGUCGUGUUUCGAUUUAGUUCAGUUGUGAUUUUGAGGCGUCCUAGACAAAGGAUUUUCCGUGUGGCGAAUUUAGACCAAAAUAAUCUUUGUAGAUGUCUCCUUGCGAUUUCUUUCUUUUCGCUCCUGCAGUAUUUGAACUUGUACCGUACUUGCCGUGGCUGUUUUUAUAGAUCAAGAUUUUCUUUGGUA